AUGCCCUGCCUUGUUUUAAUUCGCGUCCGAAUUCAGGACCUCUACACCCUACGAAAUGCCAUCUACAAGGCUCGCAGCGUACUGGAAAAGGGCUACAAGGGUCUCUACAUUGGGAUUUCAAACGACGCCGAACGCGUUCCUCCCUGUGAGAGUCAGCCCCUCCUCAACCUCGGAUUGGGCCUUUUCUACUUCUCCGACGAGGCCGACGCUAAACGCUUCAUCUACAGCGACCAGGGCUUCAUGGAAACCGACUUUCUGGAAAACUCCGACAUCAUGAUCAUUCCACUGCUGAAACCGUUGCAAAUUGGAGCCUUUGGAACAGCCCUGCUCUUCACGGAGUUAAUCAGAAGCGAGAACUACGUCCAACUGCCACCGUCGUCGAUCACAUUCGACAUGGAGAAGUGCGGUGCUGUGCCCAACAUCGCCGACACUAUCCACAUAAACAUGGUGCGUGCUUACGAAGCCAAACCAGGCGGCUUCAGGAUAUCUCAGUUCCCUAACAAGAAGAUCUUCUAUGAUUGGGUUAAAUCUGGUGAGUUGUGCUCGCUAGCCAGCCUAACACCCCUCGCAUUAGCUUUACUCGCUCUACUGUGGCUCUCCCUUCUAGAAUGUGGUGCCCGCUUUCGUGAGGACAUGUCCAAAGUCCGAAGCAUGAACACGUACAUCGCCACAUUUGCACGUGAUCUCUUCUAA